AUGGCAACGUUCGACCCAACCAUCGCGCCGUGGUUGGCGGCGAGCUCAUGUGUUGGAUUCACAAUCCUCUUUGUCGGAUCCCUCUAUGUCUUCCCCGUAGAGACCGCAAAAAGUAAACUCGCCAAGCAAGUACGCGAACACGCCCGCUACACCGCAACAGCAGCGGCAGCAGCAGGAACAACAACUCAACCCUUGGUUCACAACCAUCACACCACCACCCCUCCUGCCUCACCACGACCAUCGUCGUCGUCUGCAAUAUCUACACACUCCAAUGCCACCACGACCAGUACUUCAAACGCAUUUGUAAUCACCACCACAAAGGCACCCUCUACAGCAGACAACAGAGCGCAUCGGAGUAGUACCCACCUUCACUUUAUCGAUACCACCUCCUCCACUGCUAAUCCAAGGCUAUCUUCCUCGCCUGCAACCUCGUCAGCAUCCACCUCCAGUGUCUCUUCUGCAUCCUCCUCCAGUUCAGCCUCUGUCUCUACACUCCCAUCCUCCUCAUCUGCAUCAGCAAUAUCGACAGCAACUAUCACAGCAAAAACUGGUGGUAGUUCAUUAUCGGCCAAGCCAGAGGUCGCCAUCCAUCCGCACUCUUAUUCCCAAUACGACCAAGAGUCGGCCCGUUUCCAGUCCCCAGUCGAGAACCAAAAGCUGGAUCGCAAUCACCCGUUGGUGAUCAAACAGCGCUUCAAAGGAAUCGCAUUGACUUGCUUUGCCGUGCCCUUCUAUCUCUGGUGGCUCUUUACAUUCUCGGGCGCCAUUUCUACUGACCAGUCCUUUUGGGAAAGACUGGGUCGGUUUUUGGGCUUGUUAGGGAUUUCGAUUCCCAACAACAUCUUCAAGCUGGUGAACCAUGUUGUUCUCCCAUUGCUGUUGGUCGGGUGUCUGUUUAUGGGUCCUACCCUGAUGAUGUUUCUCAGCAACGAACUACCUUUCCAGCAGGCCUUUGACUGGACCACUCAGCGUCAACAUAUCCAAGGGCUCAUGGGCAUGCGGAACUUUGUCAUUGGCCGGACGCGGCAAGCGUUGAUGGGUGCAACAGCCAUGGCGGUAUUCCAGCUCCUCUACACGACGCUCUUUGGCUGGUUCGCCACAUUUUUGUUCUUGAGAACAUCCAAUCUGAUCGGCCCCUGUCUUUGCCACAGCUUUUGUAAUAUGAUGGGCUUCCCCGAUGUAACGAACAUCCAAUAUUUUGGUCGGUGGAAGAAGUGGUUGUAUCUGACGUUUGUCCUUGGGAUGGUCCUCUUUGGGCUGUUGUUGCGGCCAUUGACUCAGCCUGGCUGGUACGGCGACGAAGAGAGUUCUGCUUAUUGGAACCUCACCAUGGGAGCGCCGGCGCCUCAUGACUCCUGA